AUGGCGAUGAACCAGAGCUCAAACAUGCAAAGCGGGCGUACCAGGCGGCGCUGGAGGGCGGGAAUCGGAAGGAGGAAGCACGGUGGGCAAAUAUCAUCGGCAACAUUUUUAAGAAUCGUGGGGAAUACCGUGAAGGCGUUGGAUUGGAUUCAGAAAGAUUAUGAGGUUUCGGAACGAUUUUUACCCGAUAAAGACUUGUUUCCCACUUGUAAUACCCUAGGCGAACUCCAUCUCCGCCUUGAGAAUUUCAAGGAAGCCUUGUAUUAUCAGGAAAAACAUUUAGAGAUUGCAGAAGGGGCUAAUAACCUUGCUGAGCAACAAAGAGCAAACACUCAACUCGGCCGAACAUACCACGAAAUAUUUCUGAAAUCUCAGGAUAACCACUCUGCAGUUCAGAAUGCGAAGAAGUACUUCAUUUUAGCCAUUGAGCUAGCUAAAAAUCUCAAGGAAAAUCAGUGGAGUAGCAAAUCUACUUUUCUUACCGAGUACAUUGAUGCCCAUAAUAACCUUGGAAUGCUUGAAAUAGAUCUCAAUAACUUGGAAGAAGCUGAGAGUAUUCUUACUAAAGGUUUGGAGAUUUGUGAUGAAGAAGAGGUUGGCGAGAAUGAUGAUGGUCGCAGUAGGCUUCAUCAUAAUCUUGGACUUGUUUACAUGGAGUUUAGGAAUUGGAAAAAAGCUGAAGAGCACAUAAAAAAAGAUAUUUUGAUCUGUGAGAGCAUCAGGCACUGCCAAGGAGAAGCUAAAGGUUUAAUCAAUUUUGGUGAGUUGCACGGCAGAGUCCAAAAGUAUGAGGAGGCUAUCAGUUGUUACCAAAAGGCGCUUCUAAUGGCAAAAUCAAUGGAAGAUGAGGGUGCUCUAGUCGAUCAGAUAGAACUAAAUAUUGAAACUGUAGAAGCAGCAAUUAUAGUAAUGAAGGAACUAAAGCAAGGUGAACAGAAUCUGAAAAGGAUUCAAAGGUGCACUGAAAAGUCGAAGGAUAAAGCAUGUGAAAGGAAGUACUUACUGCAACAAAUUGAACUUGUUGAUCUUCUAAUUCAGAAAUCAAGCUCGAUAUCUGCUUGGAUAGAGCAUUUCAAAUAUGCAACAAUAAAGAAUAAGAUAGCAGAAAGACUAUGUGACAAGGAGAAACUUGCUGACUCCUUCGCUAAAGGAGGAUCGUGUAAAAAACUCAGGAGGUUUGAUGAAGCUCUUAUGUGGUAUGAAAGGGGUUUUAAAUUUACAAAUUGA